GGGGAUUAGUACUAAACCGCCCAUCUUUACCUAUCUAAACACAGCCUGCCGGAGGAGUCGAAGAACUACAAAACCCUAAACCUUGACUACUACUCCUCUUCCUUCCAGAAUCAUGGAUUCUUCUCCUCCCUCGCAUGCCAGAUCCGAUCAAGAUUCGCUACCGACCGCCUCCGCAGCUCCGGACCAGACGAUCGCGGACGGGGGAACAACGGUGGCGGCGGACGACGGAGGAGAGGAGAAGAAGGGAGAAGCGAAUGGAGGAAGCGAAGUAGAGGAGGAGGAGGAGGAGGAGGAGGGGGAGUGCGGUUUCUGCCUCUUCAUGAAGCGCGGCGGGUGCAAGGACGCCUUUGUCGCGUGGGAGAAGUGUAUGCAGGCGGCCGAGAAGCGCGACGAGGACAUCGUCGACAAAUGCUCCGAGGCCGCGGCCCUCCUCAAGAGGUGCAUGGACACCCACCCCGACUAUUAUGAGCCCAUCCUCCGAGCCGAGCAAGCUCUGGCCGACGCUGCUGCUGCCGCGGCCGCCAGUGAUCGUGACUCGGAGGAUGAGAAGAAGAAAGGGAAGCAUUCGUGAAUCCCUAUGCCUCUUCUUAUUCUUUUUUACCUGAUGUCUUGGGUUUCCCCACGUCUUCUGGUUUGACAUUGGAUUCGUGGAUGGAUGGAUCGAUGAGUUCCUUUUAACAUAGCUCUUCUUUUAGUUAUCGAAUCGUGAAAUUAAUCCACUUUGGUAGGCGCCAUGUUUGGGGAACCUAAAGCGAUACAUUCUUCCUUUGUAGAACUAGAAAAUUUUGAAAUCAUGCACAAAUUUUGGUUCUUGUUUGAGUUAUGUCUUCCGGUUCGCAUAGCUAUGAUCUACCCUUUUAGUGAUUAAUUGAUUACAUGAUGCAAACCCUUAGGACAUGAUAUCUGCAAUUAUAUUAUAGAUUGUGAAUCUUUAUCUGAAAUAUUACCAUGGUAUGGUAAAUCGAACAAUUUGUUGGAAUUGUAGUGAGUUCACAAACAUUUUCUCUUAUACACAGCAUAAUAUCACAAAAAUGAUUGAAAGGAAGCAAAUGCUUAGAACCCAAAAUUUAUGUCUUAUAAGAGCUAUCUCUGCCUUUGGGCGUCGAGAGAGAUUGUCAGGGUUGAAAGUUUCUAAUGACUUUUAUAUUUAGUGUUUUGUGCCACUAAUUUGUCAGAAUUAAAUGAGAUUUGUUGAUGGUGAGAUUAGAUGCCAGCAUUAUUUGAAGUAAACUGCAUCUUAUACUCUGCAACCAUGAAAAUUAUCGCUGUAUCAAACUUGUUUUCCUUGUAGUUCAUUAAUGUUCUUUUUGAAACUAUUCCUGCUAUAUGAUCAGCAAUAUGAUCUAGUCAGUUUCUAAGUGAUUUUUCUAAGUUUUACAUAGAAUCUGUUGAACUCGUAUGUUAUUGAUGGCUAUUUCAUCUGUUCAAUUUCUUCUAAUUUACUGAUGGCCAUUUCUUAUCUCAUUAAGAAGUUUCAAAAUGGAAUUUCUGUUAACUUUUAGCACAUUAGAUGAAUGAUAUCCACAAUUCUGGGAUAAUUUUCUAUAUAGUUCAUCGUUUUUCUAAUUGGUGCUGGAGAUUCUCGAGAAAAUUUAUAAAAUAGAAUUCAACAGUGUGCGUGUUGUAUCAAACUUUAGGAGUAAUGAUUCCUUUGUGGAAUCUAAUCUUAGCUAAUCCACCAUGAACCUCUGCCUCUCUGAUGCGACACUUCUACUGUGUGUUGGUGUCAUUCUUUUCAUGUUCUAAUUGAACCGAUCACAUUGUCUUGCCUGCUUUAAUACAGGAAUUGAUAAAAAAUGCUUGUUCAUGUUACCUAUUUCUACCUCGUCUCGAUCAGGAAGGAUAUUAGGUUGAUAAGAGUGUAGAAGAGCCAAAUACGAAUAAAUGUUUAAUCUUUAAGAGUCUCUCAACUUGUGGAUAAUUGUUGAAUCACACGAUACUGUAUUCCCUUAUGUAUUACUAAAACAGAGUAUGCCUAACUCACAAUAUUUAGGUUACCAUUCCUAGCGAUUCAUUUGAAGUUGCAUUCUUCUUUAUGUGCAUGUGCUAAAAACAUGAACACUAAGGAUUUUGUUGGGAUCACAUAUGUGACAACCAACAAAUUGGAUUCGAGACCCCCAAGUCUCACCUUUGCCAUAUGCGAUGAUGUCUGAAUAAAACUCACACUAUAGUUAUCUUUAACAGAAUAUCUGAUCAGAUCAUGAUGUUCCGAUUAGUAAUGUUGAUGAGUGUUAUUGGCAGAUUUUUAUUUGCUUUUAUACCUGAUGUUCAAUGUCAAAUAUGCAAUUCACUCGUCUAAACAGGUAGAAACUUUGGGAGAACAUGUUCUGUAGGCAACCAGCUAGUGAAUGCGAGGCUGAUGGCAAAAGUCUUACUCGGUACAUGUAUUCUUAUUUUUCUCAUCUCCAUCAAACGCAAUUGUCAUGGUUCAUAUUUUAUUAACUUUGUUAGUGUCCUAUAUUUUUUUUAGCCAAAUAGAAGCUCAAACUUGCUAAGCUUCCAUGUUUCCGAUGCAAAUGAAUGUAAGCAUGCCUCAUAUCUUUUUGGUGAUCACUCCAAAUAAUAAUUUGCCAAGUUUACAUGAUAAACAGUCAAGUCAGUUCGGUUUCAAUUCUAACCAAGUUUAAUUUUGAUUCGAAUUGAACCGUGAUCCGGGCUAGCUACGAGAAGGCAUGGCUUCAAGAAGUAUUGCCUUUUCCUUUUAUGUUCUUGAAGCAAACAAAAGGGGCAGCAGCUCAAGCAUCCGUUUUAGCUCUUAUUCAAGUACAUUGAAUCGAGAAAUGUAUCAACACUUCACUUCACAGUGGGCGUCGUUGCAAAGGACCCAGACCUGAUCUUUCUCCUUGAGCUCUGGAUAAACUCUGCGGCCUUGUUGUUGAUGGUCUUCGUCCUCGUCACCGCUGCAGUCGGUGGCGCUGGCUGCGGUUCAGCCACUGCUGCCGGUGGUGCUGGCAUGGGCACUGCUUUCUCUGGAGCUCUUGGCACUGUUGUACUCCCAGGUUUGUAGGUAGUGGCAAGGGGAGGAGGUGGAACUGGAAGAGGUAUAGGCUUAUCUGUCGUUGGAGGUGGUGGGUCAACCUUCUGAAGCUGUUCUUUCGCCGUUGCUGCUCGCACAGGCUUUGCUGACGGAGGCAGGGUGAUGGCAUCGGGUUCUGGUAGUUUAGCUGGUUUUGGCUUCGUUGCAGUAGCAGGACUGUGAUCGGUCUUGUGGCCGUUCAUGCCGAAGUCGGAGUGGUCAGCGGUGGCGGGUUGCUUGUGGAAAGUUAGGCGACGGAUGGGCCGAAAUGCUGCGUUGAAGCAGAGGGCAUUGAAGAGCCUUUCGCACACGCCCAACGGCUUGGAGUCUGCUGCAUCCUUUGCCAUUGGAGAGUUGGUAUGCCGAAGACUGGAGGUUUUGGGUGAGCGAGCGAGUUUUAAUAAGCCCUUGAUGACCCUUUUGAGAGAGAGAGAGAGAGAGAGAGAGAAUAUAGUAAUGCAUGGUGUGCCGGUGAGGUAUAUGCUGGAAGAGAGAGAGAGAGAGAGGGAUGGCGUAGAAACGAAGUGGGAACGAAAGCGUAUCGCUUUGCUUUCUUUUGUGAGAUGCCAAGAAAUUUUUGCUCUGUUUCCUGCGAUGGAAUCGUGUUCUGUUGCCUCA